UGUGAGUGUGAUACGUCAACUUUUCCGAGUAAUAAGACGUUCUAUUUAGUAAUUAAGAUUCUUGCAUUUUAUUCAAUGGAGUAAUUACGUAGAUUUACUAGUUUCCUACCUCUAAUUAUAGAUUUCUAAUGUAUUCUUAAUUUGUGCUGGAUGUGUUUCGUUAAAACCUUAUAACAAUGCCUCUGGCAAAUGCCACAGAUCCAUGGCGAAUGCGAAAUGUUGGAGAUGUCUCGCGUGGUAUUGCAGCACAAGCUGCCAAUUGUCUUCCAAUGGUUGUCGAAAACUCUGGGUCGCGGCAGACUUCUACGACAGAGAGCUUGGAGUCCACCAUUUCAAAUAACAGUGACUUGAGCUUUGAAAGGGAAGUGGAGUUACAGGAUGUAGUAAAAGAAGGCCAUGAAAAAGCUGACCCAUCUCAAUUCGAGUUGCUCAAAGUGCUUGGAGAAGGUUCUUUUGGAAAGGUAUUCUUAGUGAGGAAAGUUAGUGGACCUGAUGCUGGCACUCUUUAUGCAAUGAAGGUACUUAAAAAAGCAACAUUGAAAGUAAGAGACCGUGAGCGCACAAAAAUGGAAAGAAAUAUAUUAGUGGAAAUGGGACAUCCCUUUAUAGUUAAACUACACUAUGCAUUUCAAACUGCUGGGAAACUAUAUUUAAUAUUAGAUUUUUUAAGAGGCGGUGAUCUCUUUUCAAGACUUAGCAAAGAGGUAAUGUUUACUGAAGAGGAUGUCAAAUUCUAUUUAGCAGAAUUAGCAUUAGCGUUAGAACAUGUGCACAAAUUGGGAAUCAUAUACAGGGAUCUAAAGCCUGAGAACAUAUUGUUAGAUGCAGACGGACACAUAGCUCUCACCGAUUUUGGUUUAUCAAAACUACCACCAAGUAGUGACAAAGCUUAUAGUUUUUGUGGCACUGUUGAGUACAUGGCACCUGAAGUAGUUAACCGAAAGGGACACACAUUUGCUGCUGAUUGGUGGUCAUUUGGAGUGCUUAUGUUUGAGAUGUUGACUGGUAACCUUCCAUUCCAUGGGGCAAAUAGGCAUGAGACCAUGACACAGAUACUUAAAGCAAAAUUGGGAAUGCCGGCAAAUCUCAGUGAGGAAGCACAGUCCCUCUUAAGAGCUCUGUUCAAGAGAAACCCACAAAACCGUUUAGGAGCUGGCCCUAACGGAAUUGAAGAUAUAACGAAUCAUGAAUUCUUUGCAAGCAUAGACUGGGAUGGUUUAUUGAAAAAAGAGGUAAUACCGCCAUUUCGUCCGGCGGUUUCGCGCGCUGAUGACGCGUAUUACUUUGACUCGGAGUUCACGUGUCGAACUCCGCGCGAUUCGCCCGGCGUCCCUGCCUCCGCGAACGCACACGAACUCUUCCGGGGCUUUAGUUUCGUAGCGCCAUGUCUAUUGAAUGACGACAAUAACAAGACGGUCACAAAUGAAAAUCAAAAUCAUGUCGCGCAAACUAAGACGUCUACUGAAGACUUUUGGUCAGGAUUUGUCAAUAGGAACAAUUUCUUUGAUGAAUACAGGUUGAUGGGUGAAUUAGGUACGGGAUCGUUUUCCGUUGUUCGUCUGUGUGAACAUAAGACAUCAAAAACACAAUACGCCGUGAAAAUCAUGGACAAACUGCAGUACGACCCUCGAGAGGAAAUCGAAAUACUCCUCAGAUACAGCCAACACCCUCAUAUAAUUACCCUUCGGGGAGUGUAUGAGGAAGGCGGACGCAUUCUCGCUGUGACGGAACUGUGUCGUGGUGGCGAAUUGCUAGAGCAUAUCACCCAAAAACGCUUUAUCCCCGAGAGGGAAGCAGCGCCCAUACUAAGGAAUGUGUUGCACGCGGUACAUUAUCUACAUGCGCAUACGACGGUUCACAGAGACAUAAAGCCCUCGAAUAUCUUGUUCGCAACCGCUCAAAAGCGUCCCGAAGAUAUUCGUCUUGUGGACUUUGGGCUCGCGAAGCAGCUCAGAGCUGAAAAUGGACUCCUCAUGACUCCGUGCUACACCGCCAACUUUGUCGCUCCGGAAGUGCUGAAACGUGCCGGAUAUGAUGCUGCUUGCGAUAUAUGGAGCUUGGGUGUACUCGCGUAUAUAAUGCUGUCAGGAAGGACUCCAUUUGCCAGCACUGGAGAUGACACACCGGAGGCCAUACUGGCCAGGAUUGAAUCGGGAAAGGUGGACCUAUCCGGUGGAGCGUGGCGUCAAGUGUCAACUGAAGCUCGGAAUUGCGUCAGACGUAUGCUGCAACUGGAGCCGGCGUUGCGCCCGCGCGCUUCCGAUCUGUUGAGGGAGGCGUGGCUCAGUCCGGGCCACGCCCACUCGGCCGCUGAACCCACUGAUGCCUCGUCCCACGAUACACCACCUGCUGCGGACUUGCGACGGGCCGUGGAUCUCACUUACCAGGCGAUGACGUCGGCGCCCUUAACACCGCACAUACUCGGCCCAGUAUCACAAUCGACGCUUGCGCAGCGGCGCAUCAAACCCCAAAGGACAUUCUCGCCUACACAGUUGUAAUUGGUAAAAUACCGUAGAACAGAAAAUAAUUUGACACGAAAUACGUAAAGAACAGUAUACGGUAACAACAAUUUUUUUAAAGAAAAUAUUGGAAUCAAUUAACUAUAACAAAAGGUUUAAAAAUUCAUUAUUACUUACCUCCUGAGAUUAAUUCCAGUUAACUUUUUUGUGUAACUUUCAGUUAACCAAACGAGAUUUUUUAAAAUAAAGUUACCUUUGAAAACGCGACUAAAAUAUACUCAAAAGUCAAAAGUAUUAAAAAAAACAUAAUGAGAUUUGUACCUUAAAAGUGGUACAAAUAAACGUGGUAUAAAGUGUUAUACCAAGAAUAAUCUAAGACUAAGCAAAAUGUCUGCUAAUAAACCUGGUAUAACCCCGGCGUAACUGUCCAUACUAGCGUAAUUCCAGCCGCCAUCCUAGUAUAAGUCUGACGUAACCUAAAACUCCGUGGUUGAUCCUUGAUUGUCAGUGUUGAUUGUAUUUGACGAGUUCAUUUUUAAAAGCUUUCUAAAUUAUAUAAUGGAAAUAAGAGCAAUAGAAGAAUUGAUCAAAUGGAUGGUUUAAAUUAAAUCUGAACAUGUCAUUUACAUGUUUUGAUUAGACAAUGUAGUCGUUUUUUCUAGAUACAAGUAUUUGCCUUCGUUUUCUCCUUAUUUGUGUUCGAAAAGUUGGACUGAUACUGUCGUAAUAUAUUUUUAAAAAGUUCCUGUAUUCGAACACAAGAAAAUAUUAAAAUUCAACAAAAGCGAUGAAGCGAGUUUCAGUUUUAGUCGACACUGAAAAUUCUACAUAAUUACCUUUUUUCUUUUUCCCAAUCAAUAUAACGUUGUCGUAUCACUUACCAUUUUAAUACCUUUUAAAACUGGUUAUGAAAAUCUAAAUCACUUCGAAUGUUAACGUCAAACUGACAGCAACACGGUUGUCAUAGACAAGUUACUGUUUAAAGUUUUUUUUUUCUUAAAGUUAUCUAUGAAUUGCGACGUUGCCGUCUUGUGCCUAUGGCAUAACGGGGGAAUAUUUAUACCAACGUAGUUACGAGUUUAUUAGUCAGAAAAUAUGAUCCCCUUAUUCUUAGUUUUAUUCUAAGCAUAACUAUUCCUAAUAUUCGUUUCGAAUAAGUAAGUUUUUAUUGGUACCACUCUUAAAGUAUAUAUUGUCUAUGGCUUCAAUCUAACCUUAUUUUAAUUGUAUUUGCGCCUUUUUCGCUUUUACAAUGCACAUAACAAGUCAUUAGUCCGUAGAACUACCGUAUUUAAACAUAUAGUACUGAUUUGUCUAUUAAUAGUUAAUGGCCAGUUAAGAAAUUGAAAAACAAUUAACCAUAGAGAGAUAUCUUCGAAAUCAAUUAUUAAAUUGUCCGGCUUUAAAUUUCGUACCAGAAUUCCACCCAUCAAUUUAACCUUAUAGAUAAUUUUUCGGACUCUGAGGUCGAUAAAUCAGUUGAAAACCGUUAACAAGGGAGAUUGAAAAAUAUAAAACGUAAACAUAUAAAAAAAAUAUUCCACGGUUAUUACUAUACAACUCGCCUGUCUCUUUCCUUCACAACAUUAACACAAGUUGUCGGAAAGGGACGGAACAUUCGUUAAGAAAGUCAAUUAGACUGGUUUAGUUUUUAUACUCUGGGGGACGUUCAAUAGCUAUUUUUUUAUUAUUUUUAGCCUUACUUUCUCUAUCUACUGAGAUUAGAAUGAAAUAUCCCUUUAUUCUGUGUUAGUUUUUUUUUAAAUUAUUACUUUAAUAGCACAAUUAUUGUAUUCCAAAUUACUCUUCAAUUUGGCAUUUCGGUCACAGACAUUCCAUUUGACAUUUAUGUUCUAUCUAUGGUAAAGGUAUGUCAAUAUCGUCUUCCUACAGAUAGAAGAGAUUUUUAUAGAAUAAAUAUAUUAUAUUUUUAUAAUAUAGCUUCUUACCCACCUUUUGAAACCUUUUGGUGCCAUUUUCUUUAAGUGCCACGUAAGCGCUUCACUAUAUCUUAUUUAGCCAUAACAAUGUUUCCAUUUAAUUAUAAAACAUAUACUUCUAAAUUCUAGGAUAAUUCAUAUAAUAGGCGUUAAAUAAGGCCUAAAUUAGUAAAAUUAUCAUGUUAUUGCAAAUAUUUUUGGAAAGUAUUACUAUCAAAAAGUUCAAAAAAGUAACUAAAUCAAAAUAUAAAUAUUUUUAUUUUACAAAUUGAUAGGAAAAAAUAAUUUUAAUCGAUUACUUAAUGAUGCGAUUUGUCGGUAUUAAGCAUAAUGUUAAAGUAAAAUUAAUCAAUAAGAAAAUUAGUUACGGUUACAACCGUUUAGUGAGUUCAAUGUAUAUUUUUAUACUUCUUAAAAUAAAUAUAUUUACUAAUUGCAUAUUAGUGUUUGAUGUUUAAAUUUUUACCAAAGAUCUAAUGUAUAUUGGCGCGUCUCUAUACUCAUUCACAAAAUCAGACACACGUCUGUAGUCUAUAUUUGUAUUACAACGUUGCUAUGGUAACGCAUCUUUUGCUUGUCACACGAGUAUAGAAACGCGCCAACAGUCAAUUUAGGUAAGUGCUGACUUCAAUGAGGUUUUUUUGCAACAUUUUACUCUAAACUUGAAUUAUUAUAGGUACUUAUUUUAAUAUAAAAGAGCAUAAUUUUGUGACUGUAUACUUGCGAGUAAGUACAAUAGUGUUUAUUUUAAUGAAAUAUGUGAUUCACAAACGACAAUUUUGUGCAAAAUUAUUAUUUUAAGAACUGACACGCACACUCCGUUUUGUAACUAUUUUUAGUAGCUUGGUGUAUAUGUUUGACAAAAGCUGAUGUAUUCUGCAAACUAUAACGUAUUCCUAAACUACUUCGUACAGUAUUAAGUCAUUCUAGAGAUACUCAUUGGACAUAUCUAAAGAAACUUGUCAUUGUAAUUCAUAUCAUGAAAAGUACACGCCAAUUAUAUUACAGAUUUGAGUAUUUUAAAUGUAUGUUAAUUAUUUUCAUACCAAAAUAGUAUAUUAUUUAUUUAUAGAAUUAUUUGAAAAUGUUCAUUAAAAAGCCUUAUUUGAAACAUAUAUUUCAAUGUUUUAAAUAUUCUUUUAACAAAAUAUAUAUAUGUUAUUUAUUUUUUAUUUACAACUAUUAGGAGCUUCACGCAUGAUAUAAAAGUAGACUUACUGAAAUUUGGUCAUUAAUAGAAGAUGCACAAAAUUAGCACAUAGAUAUAUUAUAUGUAGUGAUAUGUGAUGUACUGUAGUCAUGUUAUAAAUGAUGCAUUUUACUAUUGAAAAUCACUUUCUCCGUCACAAAAUGUAACUUGUUAAAUAAUACUAAGUAUUUUCUUACUCAAAGUCCAUUUGUAGGUUUUCUAUGGCAUUUUAGACUGUGAACACAAGUUGACAAAUUUUCAAGACUAAAUUGUACCAAAUGCAGGACCAGCUUAAAGUACAUAACUAGAAGAAGGCCUGUCUAUAUUUUGUUAAUAUGCAUAGACAAUAGAUAAUUUUAUACAAUGUCUGAUUUAUCUCUAAUAUGCAUAAAAAAUCAUAUUGAUCAGUGUGGUCUGAUGAAACUCAUGCAUUUUUGUAUAAGUUAUUUGUGUGUUACAAUUUUCAAAUGCCUUUGUAUAUUAACUGAGUAAUAUGGUAUACUCACGAUGUUAUUUUUUCACAUCUAUUUUUCUAUCUAUCAAACAGAAAUCAAAUUAUAAGUAAGUUGUUAAAGUAGGAAUUCCUAAGAUGAAAUGUAAUAUAUUGUUGAUAUUGCUUA